AGUCGGCCUGCCAUACUUGACGCUUAUGAAAAUGAACUGUAUGGGAGUAAAUUUUGCAUUUGUCCUCGGGGGAAUAAUCAUGUCGGUGGUGUUUGCUUAACGGAGUCGAUGACUUUUGGAUGUGUACCUGUUAUCUUGCACGACUACUAUGACUUUCCAUUCAAUGACGUUCUUGACUGGAAUAAUUUCUCUGUAAUUCUCAAAGAGGAACAUGUUCCCGAUCUAGAGAAAAUUCUUAAGGGAAUACCAAAAGAAAAGUACAAGAAAAUGCAUCGAAAUCUUCUUCAGGUUAGGAAGCACUUCCAAUGGAAUUCUCUUCCUGUCAAGUAUGAUUUGUUUCGCAUGAUUAUGUAUGAGCUUUGGCUGCGCCGCCACAUCAUUAAGUAUUGAACUGCUGGAAGAAGUUUCAACUUGUACCUUACAUGUGCUUUGAUAUCACUGCGUAAUCCUGAACAGCAAACACUAGAACAUUUUCCCCAGAUUGUUGUUUUCUGAAGUUAAAAGCACAUAGCAUUACUUGAUUUUCCUGUUCUGUAAAAUGUAAAAUGCUUGAACUUAAUGCAAUAUAUCGGCUGUGAGGCUUUCAUAUAUGAAGCUAUCGUCAUAUUUUGUUCCUCAAAUGUAUGC